AUGUCGCUCGGCCCGCAUCGACCUACAGCUAGGCUGCCAUUCAGCGCGAAGAAUGUAUUUCACGAGCAGAGCCCGAGCGCCAAGCCCGAGUCGGGCGUGGUGGGGACGCCACCCAAAAAACGAGCUGUGCCGCUGGACGAUGUGCACGUUCGCAAUAUGCCCGAGUACAGCAAGCGAAAGCGCUCACACGCGUACUUGUAUGAUGCCUCGAUGCGUGGGAGUGAUACACAGGGCAGCGUGGCGAUAUCACCGCCGCACCCUACCACCACGCGGAUUGAUCGAUCCACGCGCGUGAGCCGCGAAGAGCGGUAUCAGCGCGAGCAGCAAAAGGCGCAGUCGCAGCGGCAGUGGAAAGUGGCCUUUGGCAGAGCGUUUCCCAAGUUUGUGUUUUACUUGGAUGGCCUGGAUGAGGCACAGACGCGCACAUUUUCGCCGCAGAUCGCCCAGCUGGGCGCCAGCGUAGAAGACUUUUUCUCGCGCAGCGUGACACACGUCGUUACGACGCGCAGUAUACCUCUUGUGCGUGACGAAAAAGAGAAUAGCGCGCCUACCGAGCGGCGCAAGCGCAAGCACGAUGGCAGCGGCAUUGCGCCACCGCGCAUAGUGAUGCCAACGGCGCCUCCCGCCGGCGUGCCGCUGCACUCUGAUCGGAAUCCGAUGGACGAGUGGACGCAGCCUCUUCCUGCCAAUGAUCUCUUGUACAAGGCCCAGCACUUUGGCAUGAAAAUAUGGCGCAUCGAAAAACUCGAACACAUCCUCUCCCUCCUCCUCGCUGACGAUGCCCCCGCGGGCAUGGGUGCGGAGCCGGAGCAGCGACAAGCCUUGUCUGAGAUGCUCAUGCAGGAAAAGCUGCAUGGCACGACAGAGCGUGAUCCGCUGGCCAUGCGCAGUGACGUGCACUACUUUGGCAAGCAAUCAUACCAUAUCCUCGUCACCGACGCCACAGGCGAGCACCGCCCCGUUCUGGUGCAAGAGUAUGACCGGCAUGCCCACGAAGGCACCGGCCGGCCACCACCAUGGCCCGAACUGCAUGGCGAUGUCGAGGGACGCGGGCUCUUUGUCUACGUCGACCCCAAGGAACGCAAGCGACUCGCACAGCUCGAGCCUAGGCCCCAGGGGCAGCCUACACUCCGCCGCACCGCGUCGAUGCACCUUCCACUUGCGCGUCCGCUGCCUGCUACGCCCGAACUUAUGGCGUCAGAUAACAGCAUGGCCCUCGCGUCCACUGUGGCAUCUACGACCUCCACGACGCUCACGUCGCAGACAGCCGGCGUGUCGAGCACGCAGCCCGACAAGCGCGUGCUGGAACUGCAUCGCCGUCUGCACACGCCGGUGGAGCGGCCGAAAGACGGGCAUGGUGUGAUCGUACAGCGCAUGCUGCACGGGCUUAUGGAAGGCCGCGAUCCCACGCUUCGUCGCUCGCGGAGUACCGGCAGUGUCCCGCGCAAGGCACAGCAGGCACGCGAUAAAAAGCCAGGGCACUGCGAGAACUGUCGGUGCCGUUUUGAUGACUUUUACGAACAUACACGCAGUCGCCGGCACCGCAAGUUUGCGCUGGACGAGAGCAACUUCGUCAGCAUCGACGAACUGCUGCAGCGCGUACAGCGCGAACCGGCGGGGGUAUCGCAAUGGAGCGACUACGCCGACGACCGCCUACCCCAGGACGACACACAACAUACCCCUCCUAGCUAG